UUUGAUGAUCAAUUUAAAUUGAAGAUGUACAUCGAAGAAACUUCCCACAAUAUAAUUGCCUUUUGCCUAACAUAAUUUGAACGACCUGUACGAAGCAAUAAUAAUAAAACCCAAAGGCCUUAUUUAAUUCUGUCAUAUAAUCAAUGUUCAUUAUUAAUUAAAUUACAUAUGGUUAUUAGAAUACCAGAAUAAUUUUAAGCCCUUAAAUAAUAUCUGUCACGGUGUGUCUACUAGUUUUAUAGAGACAUAACUGUUCCUUAGCGAGUCUCCAUGUGCUUUGUGCUCCCUCCGUUUAAACCUCCCAAAGUCCUCCUCUUUCGCUUGUCCCACCAUUAAUAAUCCCACAAUACACACAUUAAAACAUUAUUAACUCUUUCUCUCUCUCUCUACGAAAGUCAGAGGUUUCAUAUAAAUAAACAAAAGCCUUCAACACAAUUUUUUCAAACCCAAACAUGUCAAACUCAAGUACUACUUCCUCGUCUUCGUCUUCGUCUUCUCAUAGAUGGGUGUACUCUUACAUAAAGCUUCAAUUCUACAAUCGAAUCCGACGGUUCCUGCGUUCAAAAGCUGGCCGCAAGCGCUACGUGUCAUCUUCUUCUGAUCAACUCGAAGAUUCGAGAAGUAUUAAUAGUACUAAUGAUGUUAAUAAUUGUAGUAAUACCGUAGAGGUCGACGUUGGUAAUCAAGCUGUUGAGUCGAAGGCGGUAGUUGAAGCAAUGAAAAGUGAAGUGGGAAGAGAAAGCCGCCACGGUGGUGAUGACGUGGCGGGGUUGCAAAGAGCAGUGAAGAGGCUUCACUUUGGGAGCUGGGUGGAGAAAGAGAUGGCGGCUUUGGAGAUUGGAAGCUUGGCUAAACAGGAUGUAAAGGUCAGAAAGUUGGUAGCCGAGCUCGGUGUUAUACCGGUUUUGGUUUCCAUGGCAGCUUCCGACGUUGUUUCCCGCCGUCGCGCUGCCCUGGCUGCUCUCCUUCAACUUGCUAAUGGAACUUACACGAAUAAAGCUCUCAUGGUGGAAGCAGGAAUUCUAUCAAAUCUACCAAAAAACACAAAUCUUCUAGAUGAACCAACCAAGCAUGAAUUUGCAGAAUUGCUCUUGACAUUAUCUUCAUUAGCAAAUACACCCUUCCCUUUAGCCUCAUCAGAAAUUGUCCCAUUUCUCAUUGGAAUCCUAGAAUCAGGUUCCACUAAUGUUGAAACAAUGGAGUCAUGUAUAGGUACAUUGUGUAACCUCUCCAAUAUUUUGGACAAUGCUGGAGCAUUAGUUUCCAACGGAGUAGUAGAUACCCUCUUAAAAUUGUCCUCAACAAAGGAACUUUCCGAGAAAGUGCUUGGAGCAUUAGGGUGCUUGGUAGUGACCUUAAUGGGAAAGAAGGCCAUGGAAAAUAGUCAAAUGGUGCCAGAGACUUUAAUCGAGAUUUUGACAUGGGAAGACAACCCCAAAUGCCAAGAGUUAUCUGCUUAUAUUCUAAUGAUUUUAGCUCAUCAAAGUUCAGCUCAAAGACAAAAAAUGGCUAAGUCUGGAAUUGUCCAAGUACUUUUGGAAGUUGCAUUGCUAGGGAGUCCUCUAGCUCAGAAGAGGUCACUAAAGCUAUUGCAGUGGUUUAGAGAUGAACGGCAGGCGAAAAUGGGGCCGCAUUCAGGACCCCAAACUGCUGGAAGGAUGGCCGCGAUUGGUUCGCCUGAGAAUGACAGAGUGACACAAGAAGGGAAGAAGAUGAUGAAGAGUUUGGUGAAGCAAAGUUUGCAUAAGAACUUGGAAAUGAUAACAACACGGGCUAAUGCUGAUGGGGAAUCCUCUAAGCUUAAGGCCUUGGUGAUCAGCACAAGCUCUAAGAGCUUGCCUUAUUGAAAAUAUAAUUUCACAACGUUUUUCUAACAUAUAUAUAUUGUUUUUUUUUUUGUUUUUAGAUUGAUUGAAAAACUUAUUCCAAAUUCGCCUUGGAAUUAAUGCUAUUCUUUUUACGGUGGUAUUGUGAGAUUUGCUUUGGCAUACUUGUGUACGAGGAUGAUUUCGAGAGAGGGCGCAUAUAUGUCCUCCUAGUUCGAUCUGAAAGAGAAUUAAUACAUUUUUUGUGCAUUUGUGCGUUUAA